AUGAGUGAAUAUAAAAAAGGAAUUCAAAGCGAUAAAUACUUUCAAGAAAGACUUAUUGAAACAAUCAAUUUUCAACAAAGUAUUGAAUACUUCGAUCAUGAUGAGGAAGAAUCAGAAGAUAGUCCAUACGAUUUAUUAAAUGAUCUAAAAUUAAUAGUCAAAAAGCUCCCACUUACAAUGAAUUCAACAGACCUUAUUACAAUUAAUGAUAUUACCAAACAAAUCAAGGCAAAAUAUCUUCCAGAUGAUCUCGUGGAAGAAAUUGUUCGCACGUUACCUCAAACAACAAACCUGCAAACUAACUCAUUAUCAUUUGAAUUACUAUCUCACAUUACACAAUCAAAGCAAAAAGCAUUAAUUGUGUCUAACUUGAAUUAUAUGCAAGAUCUCAACUACGAACAUUUCUCUAACUUGCCACAUGAAACAGCAAAGCAUAUAAGCUACAUAGUAAUACGCUUGAUAGAUGUAUUUGGAGAAAAUUUAGAAAUUUUUUAUAAUUCUUUUUUCCCAUAUUUCUUGAACUAUAUUACAUCGAACACGUUCUAUACUAGUAACUAUAUCGGAAUUCAUCUUGAAUUAUGCAACAGAUUUGUUAAAAUUUGCUCUCCAGAAGAAUUAUUAAAAUUCUUUGAAACAUUCAAGCUUUACUGUAACCGAACUACAAAUGAUUGCCUCAUACCAUCUUUGCACGGUAUUACCUUUUGCUUUGCUCAAGAUCCUGAUUUGGUUUAUCAAAUUAAAGAUUUUAUAGAUCAAAUCAUAUAUUUAUCUACCAGAACAUGCAUAGAAAAUACUAUUGAUUCUCAAGAAGUUAGAUCUUCUGCUUUCGUCAUAUUUGAGUUCAUUUUAGUUCAAAAUGGAAUCAAAUGCGAAUCCAAAGUUUAUCAAUCGAUUGCAUCUGUUAUCCACAAGUACUUAGAUCCACAAGAAAAGAGAACAUGCUCAGAAGCAAUAAGAUUACUAGGCUAUGCCGUUUCAAACUCAUGUUUUAUUAGAUUUUCAAAUUACCAAGAAAUUGUUGAAACCUUUCUUUCUAUUUUCAAUGAUUUAAGUGUUGAAGACCAGAAGUCAUGGAUAACUACCUUAGGAAACAUCAUCUAUUACCUUCCAUUCAUUUUCAUCAAAUCUUUAUUCAUGAGAAAAGAAUUUAUUGAACUCCUUGAUGAUUGUUUUGUGUAUAAUAAUCCAAUCAUUCAAACAAGACUUUUGAUUGCAACUCAUAACAUUUUGCAAAGUUCAUCAGAAGUUGUUGAGUUUAUUCUCAACGAAUGCAACUAUCUUGUCGACACAAUAAAUUCUCUGAAAGAAUCCGAAGACAGUGAAUUCAUUGGUCUUGUGAAUGUCGUAUUAGCUAUCUUUGAUAAAAUUUCUCGUAGUUAA